UAAGCAAAAGCAAACUGAACUUCACUUUGCGACUAGAAAUUACAGACAAUAACAAGACUUGCACAACAACGUGGCGCUGGAUUUGAUUAAAUUUUGUUCCCCCAAAUACAUUUUUUUAAACAUCACUAGCAAGUAAUCAUAAUAAUCUACUGAUAAAUCGGUUAAAAAUGUUAUUCGCAAUAAGACAAGCACUCAGUAGAUGUCGAUACUUUUCUACCGGCCGACGAUAUGCCGCAAAAACUGUCCAAACUAAACAAAUCAACAAACUGCUGAUUGCAAACCGGGGCGAAAUCGCCUGUCGAGUCAUGCGUACUGCCCAGCGCCUAGGCAUCCAAACGGUAGCCGUGUUUUCCGAUGCUGAUGAACGAGCACUGCAUGUAAAAAUGGCAAACGAAGCAUUCAAUAUCGGACCACCGGCUUCGCAACAAUCCUAUCUGCGAGGUGACAAGAUUCUGGAGGUGGCAAAACGGUCCGGAUGCCAGGCAAUCCAUCCCGGGUAUGGUUUUCUCUCGGAGAAUGUUGAAUUUGCGGAUCUAUGCCAGAGAGAGCAAGUUAUUUUUAUAGGACCCCCAGCUAGUGCUAUCCGGGAUAUGGGAAUUAAAAGUACGUCGAAGCACAUCAUGAGCGAAGCAGGUGUGCCGAUCAUUAACGGUUAUCACGGGGAGGAUCAGUCUGAUGACCGAUUGAUUCAGGAGGCAAAGAAAAUCGGGUUUCCACUCAUGAUCAAGGCUGUUCGCGGUGGCGGUGGAAAAGGUAUGCGAAUCGCUGAAACGGAAGCGGACUUCUUGUCUGCUUUGCAGUCCGCCCGAACUGAGUCUGAGAAAGCAUUCGGUGAUACAGCGAUGCUACUGGAACGAUAUGUUCGAUCCCCUCGCCACGUUGAAGUGCAAGUCUUUGCCGAUCAUCACGGUAAUGCCGUCUACCUGUACGAGCGGGAUUGUUCCGUGCAACGGCGUCAUCAGAAAAUUAUCGAGGAAGCCCCUGCUCCAGGUCUAUCCGAGGAAUUACGCGUCCAGCUAGGCGAGGCGGCAGUCCGCGCAGCUAAGGCCGUUAAUUAUGUUGGUGCUGGAACGGUUGAGUUCAUCCUGGACAAAGAAGAUCUUUCUUUUCACUUUAUGGAGAUGAACACUCGUCUGCAGGUUGAACAUCCGAUCACGGAAAUGAUCACCGGAACCGACCUGGUAGAAUGGCAAAUCAAGGUUGCUUCUGGAGAACCGCUUCCGUUGACACAGGAUCAAAUCCGCAAGAGAGGACAUGCCUUUGAGGCGAGAAUCUACGCAGAAGACCCAGCUGGUGGAUUCCUUCCUGGAGCAGGUCCCUUGAACUAUCUCUCAACACCGGAAGCAUCCAGUACUACUCGCGUGGAAACUGGAGUUCGACAAGGUGAUGAAGUAUCCAUCCAUUACGAUCCUAUGAUUGCCAAAUUGGUUGUCUGGGGAGAAAAUCGCUCAAGUGCUCUGCAACUAUUGGUUAAACAACUACGGAACUACCAAAUAGCAGGUUUACAGACGAACAUCAACUUCCUAAUCGACUUGGCUAGCCAUAGUCACUUUCAAGCCGCUGACGUCCACACCGGAUUCAUUGAACAGCACAUGUCAACUUUGUUUCCAACGAAAACUACAUCAGCUAUCAAAAUUGCUCAAAUGGCGUUAGCCUAUGUCCUAAACGAGAACGCAAGCACACGAAAGUCUCCGAGCCGUUUAAACCCUUUUGACCUAGAAUUGAACUUCCGACCAAAUUACACCCCAUCGAAAAACAUUAAACUUAAAAUUGGCGAAACGGAACAUCAGGUUGAAGUACAAUCUAAAGGAAUCGAUUAUCAGGUUCGAGUUGAUAGAGGUCAGUGGUUGCAAGUUAAGGUUACUAGGAAACCACACGAGAACCGUUACCUGUUGCAGACAAAUAUUGACGGUCAUGUACACAGCUUUAAUGCAGUGAUUGAUAAUGAAUCAAUUUCGAUGUAUGACGAUGAUGGACAAACAUCAGCUGAAGUGGUUCAACCCAAAUUCCUUAACGCUGACAGCGCGAUGGGUGGUGUCAACGUAGGUAGCGUCCUGGCACCGAUGCCCGGUGUUUUGGAUAAGCUUUUUGUCAAACCCGGUGACUUGGUGAAGGUUGGAACUCCGGUAGCGGUUCUGAUUGCUAUGAAGAUGGAACACGUUCUGAAGGCGGCCAAAGAGGGGGUGGUCAAAGCGGUCCUCAAUGCCGAAGGUGACAAUGUGCGAAAGGGAGCAGUUCUGAUUUCGUUCGAAUAGAUACCAAGACUGACGAGAAACCAAGUUUCGAGUCGGUGCAGUGGUUCGGUUUGGUUGGGUGACAUUCUGCCAAAUGUGGCGCAUUUACAAACAGUGAACAAUUGUGCAUUUAUUAGUGAUAGAUUUUUUGUUAGAUAGGUACUGGACACAGGUAAUAAACGCAAAGCGUUGUAAUACUAAGUAAAUAAAGUAGAUUUUUUUAUCGAUAGCUAUAGA